AAGUUGAAGCACCUAGAGAUCAGAGACCCAGCAAUCGAGAAGCCAGCACGGACGAAGAAGAGUCACAACUCACAAAGACCCAGCGACGACGUACGCAUGCACAUGGCGGCUCCGGCGGUCUCGGGCGAGGCAGCUAGCAGCUGCAAGGGCAACAAGCACAUCGUCCUGGUGCACGGCGCGUGCCACGGCGGCUGGUCCUGGUUCAAGGUGGCGACGCGGCUCCGGGCGGCGGGGCACCGUGUGAGCACGCCCGACCUCGCGGCCUCGGGCGUCGACCCGCGGCCGCUGCGCGAGGUGCCCACGUUCCGCGACUACACGAGGCCGCUGCUGGACCUCCUGGAGUCCCUCCCGCCAGCUGGGGAGAAGGUGGUGCUCGUCGGCCACAGCCUCGGCGGCAUCAGCGUCGCCCUGGCCGCCGAGCUCUUCCCGGAGAAGAUCGCCGCCGCCGUGUUCCUCUCCGCCUUCAUGCCGGACCACAAGUCGCCGCCGUCGCACGUGCUCGAAAAGUUCGUGGAGGGGAGGACCCUGGACUGGAAGGACACGGAGAUGAAGCCCCAAGAUCCGGAGGGCAAGCUGCCUAUUUCCAUGCUGUUCGGGCCGGUGGUCACACGCUCAAAUUUCUACCAACUGUGCUCGCCGGAGGACUUCACGCUGGGGAGAUCCCUGAUGCGAGUGGGUUCGAUGUUCGUGGAAGACCUGAAACUGCAGCGGCCCUACUCCGAGGCUCGCUACGGGUGCGUGCGCAAGGUGUUCAUAGUCUGCAAGGACGACCUCGCCAUCGUGGAGGGGUUCCAGCGCUGGAUGAUACGGAACAACCCCGUGGAUGAGGUGAAGGAAAUAGACGGCGCGGACCACAUGGCGAUGCUCUCCACGCCCACCCAGCUCACGCAGUGCCUCUCGGACAUCGCUGAAACGUACGCUUGAUGGUGGUGGCGCAUGUACGUACGUACGUGUGUGGUGGGUGUACGGUUUAAUUGCUUCCUGAUCUUCGGUUUGUACGUACCGUCGCGUGACCGGCAUUUGUGACAUGACAUCUCUGCUGCUGCUGUCAUACGUCAUGCCUUGGCCGUGGCCGGGUGUGUUGUGUUGCACUUGUCCGGUUGUCCCGUUCGUUGUGUUUUCAAAGACUUGUGGUCCAUGGGCUUGAGACGCUGAUUGCGUAACGUCGUGGUGUACUUCGUGGCUUGGUUGGUGAAAAUAAAUGUGUGGAUGAACACAGGGAUCCACACACACAAACACGAUUAUCGUGUAGCUAUCCGAUAUAUAUGAUAAAUGACAUGUGCGGAUUCCUUGUACUCGCUCGCGCACUUUCUUGCUGGAGCGUUAAAGAAAUAAAAUGCACCGUUGUGUUUUUUUUGUC